AUUCUGUUAAGUAUGGAGGAGCGUUCCUCGGGCUCUGUCCCGUGCUACAGGGCGGUAGCAGGGGCGGCCCUAGUGUUGCCACCUUCACGUCAAGGUUCUUCGUCUUUGUUGUUGUCCCUGAGGUUUUGAGUUUAGGGUUGCAGAGAAUCGUGAAGCUAUGGCGGGUGUCCUGGUCAGAAAGGCUAGGAUGCGCUUCGCUUCUGGCGCUGCGCGAACCUGGGAUGCCGCACUUCGGCAACAGAAGCCUCGUCUCCUUGCCGAUCAGGCAGACUUGGAGGUUACAGGCUAUUGUUAUUUCUCUUCGUCUGGUGUGUCCAGUAGUCAAGGGUUUCUGAAGCGGAUCAUGCGUCCCCGAUCGCAGAUUGUACCUCUUAAUUAUCGGACAGGGGGUGUGGACUCUAUCCAACAAGUUGAUGUAAAUUUCAUUGGGUACAGGAAUGUGUUGCUUAAUAAAAUGAGUAGGUUCAGCACUUGCACCACAUCCCAGAUGUUGCAUCAACUCCCUAAGAAAGAGCACGUUGCGUCCCUUCUUCCAUAUUCCACCCGUGGGAUUGCUUCCCAGUCCUCUCCACUUCUACGACAAGCUCAAAAUGAGAGUAAAGGCCUGUCAAAGCAACCGGAGGAAGACCCGUUCGAUUCAAUUACGGACAAGAUACCCCAGAAGCCUGUGACCGCAGUUGAAGGUGCUUCCUACUCUGUGGUCAUUUUGGCCGGAUUAGCUGUGUUUGGAUUUGCAGCUUAUGCUGUUUUGAAGCAACUGAUUUUCGAGCCCAAAGAGUACAAGAUUUUUGGAAUUUCUCUAGCACGAGUCCAAAAUGAUCAUCAGGUGAUGGUGCGGAUAGGAAGCCCUAUAACAGGUUAUGGUCAAGAAAGUAGGAACAGAGCUGCCCGACAGCGAAUAUCGAACCGAAUCCAUGUUGACGAGGAUGGGGUUGAGCACGUGGAGGUGAUGUUUUACAUUCGAGGACCCCAGGGAGCAGGGAAAGUGUAUAGUAAAAUGUUCAAAGACAAGGAAGAUAAGCAGUGGAAGUAUACUGAUUUGAUAGUAGAGAUAACUUCGCCUACUCCAACCCGUCUUACAUUAGAGUCUUACAUGCCUGCAGUGCCAUUGCCAAUGCGAGCAUCGUAAAUUUUGUUGGCAUCAUAUCAAAAUCCAAGCAGUGAGAUUUUCUGAAGAGGUUUAAGACGAGUUCUGCUGUUAUCCUUUACUUCUCCAGGGUUGUGUACAAGCGUUGCACCAUGUUACUUGCGUCUUUAUUAGAAAUGUAUGGAGUAGCUUGAACGAAGUUAGAUUUACGAAAGCUGUAUUCCUUGUCGCUGCAUGAAAUGCGUAGCUUACAAACCUUCACUUCU